AUGAAGUUUUUGAAUAUGUACAUUUUUGACGUUCGCGGAAAUAACGUUUUCUACAAGGAGUGGGUGACUUUGAAGGCUUCAAAUUCCAAAGAAAAUGACGCAAAGUUGAUGCGAGGUAUGCUAGUUGGGUUGAAAGCUCUUUGUUCACGAUUGUCUUCUGCUGAAAAUGAUAUUUACACUCUGUCGUACAAAACUAAUAGAUAUCGACUGCAUUAUUUCGAGGGACCUACGGGUUUGAAAAUUUUCCUUACCUCGGAACCUUCUUUGCCACCUCUUUAUAAGGAACUAGAAAAUGUAUAUAAGCUCUUUGUUGAAUAUGUUGUUAAAUCUCCUGGCUACGAUUCCACCUCCCCUGUAUCCAAUUCCUUGUUUGUCCAGAAACUCGAUGAAUGGGCUCAGAAUCUUUCCUAA